AUGGCGUUUCCAGGCGGGGAUCAGCCUGAAGGAAGGCACAGCUCGGAAAGCUCUGGAAAAAACAGCGGUCUGUCGCAAGAAACCAUCAGGGAUGGUCGCCGUUAUGGUCGCAUCGUGCCUGGGACUCGCGGCAUUUCUCCGCAUUCAAAGGAUGAUGACGGUGAUAGAUUCGAACCGCGGUCUUUGAGACCGCCUUCGUUAGGAGCCCCGAACGAUUUAUAUACGUCGAUGUUUUCCUGGGGAUCACCAGACAAUUCCCCUACAGAACAGCGCAAAUUCCCUGGCUUCGGAAGCCAUAGGAAAGCGUUGGCUGUCCUUGGAGGCGACGAGCCUGGCGCUCCCCCGAUGAACAAUCCCGGCCCGCAGAUCCAUACCAAUUAUCCCGAUUCUUUUCAACAUGAUCCUCAAUCAAACCUUGCCUAUUCCCCCAAGACCGGUUCUAGCGACGCUCAGGGCACUUUUUUCCACGAUUACUCCGAACACGAGGCAUCGCCUGCAACUGCGACUUUCCGCCCUAGUACUGGCCGCACUUAUGCCAGCGAACCCCCAGACUUUGAUUAUAAUGGCGACAACCGGCGGCCAUCCGUUGCAAGUGCUACGACUAUUAGCAGUCGAGGGUCUGGGUCUAGCGCAAGUGGACUUUUCCGGAAGAAAAAACUACAGGGGAUUUUUGGUGAAGAUUAUAAUCCCGAUUAUGAUAGGCACCAGAAUUCGGGAGCCAAACCGUCAUCGCUUGACCAUUUUAAGGCUCGCUCAAGAGCCGACUCAGAGGGAUCGAGGCCGGCCUCCGAUUCUCAGGAUGAGGGUCAAGCACAUCCUCGACCACACACCCCGCUCCCUUCAAGCGAAAUAACGCCCUGGGAGUACCAGAGGUUUAAUGAUAUUCCGAAGCUUGGGGAAGCCCCUGUCCGUGAAGCGCCCAUAGGGUCUGAUCGCCACCAUAGCGGUUCGCAGGGUGCACCUAAUACAGGCCGCAGACAUUUCAGCGGCCAUCGACAUUCACGAAGCAAGGAGGAGAAAGCAUCUCCUGCCGGUGACCUUGCCGGGUACCGUGAUCGUCCCGCAACAGGGCGGGAUGACUUCUCCGUUGGACUGCGCCCAUCCCGAGAAGCCAGCGCAGCUAAUUCCUCGACUAACCUUGCUGGUCGCUCGACGAGUCCCACGCCGAGCAUUCAGAGUGUUUACGCCAGGGAGCCAGGUCAGGGCUCCCCCGGAGGCGGCUCUUCUUCAUCUAAGCGCACGUUUUUCGGCAAAUUUCGCCGCCCCAACAUUAAGCAUUUCCCUGGUUCGAAAGGACCGCAUGACGGCAAGGGCCAACCCAGGCCCUCACGACACAAUUCCCCCCAACGACAUCGGAACAAUAGUCUGGAGGGCGGAAUACCUUCCAGACAUGCCGAUCCGGGGGAACCUGAGCGAAAAAGAGACGGCAAGCUGGGUAUCGCCAGUGGAAUGCGACGAAAUCGUCGCGUGCCGGGGAAUGAAACUCCAGUUGGGAAGGACGUGCAACCUGCCCCAGCGCCUGGUGUUUACAGCCUGGAUACUGAUCUUGAACAUAUGGAUGGCAUUAUCAAGGACCCCCAUCCGAACGAAGGCGCUAAAGUUAAUGACGGCAAGCCAUCUCGGCCUGAUGAAAGAAGCGUCGGUGUCAACCAUUGGGAUGCGCCAGAGAGCUGGCAUGUCAAAAAACAGAAAGAUGAGCUGACAGCAAAACUCCCCAAGAAAGCCCACGAUGCUGUCCUUACUAGGAGCGAUGCUGGCGGUGUCCCGUAUUUCAUCCGUGUGUUCCGUAUAGAUGGAACGUUUGCAACACUUUCGACCGGUUUACACGCCACAGUCGCCGAUGUGCUUUUGUCGCUGGGCAAAAAGUCUUUCUUGACCGAUCAUCUGAAUAAUUACGAGAUAGUGAUGCGCAAAAAUGACAUCUCACGGCAACUCGAUCCCGCUGAACGACCAAUCCUCAUGCAGAAGAAAUUGUUGGAACAGAUUGGGUAUACACGGCAAGAUAGGAUUGAAGAGCUUGGUCGCGAGGACCACAGCUAUAUACUCCGCUUUACCUUUCUUCCCACAAAGCUCAGCGGCUAUAGCAGCCUUGAGGGGGAACCUGGCUUCAGCAAGAAUCAGAAAUUCAGCCACGUGGAUCUCCAAGGACGGAGCCUCGUCACCAUCCCCAUCGCUCUUUACAAAAAGGCGUCCGAAAUCAUAUCACUUAAUCUUUCUCGGAACUUGGCUUUGGAUGUUCCACGAGAUUUUAUCCAAGGCUGCAUCAAUUUGCGCGAGAUCAAGUUUAUCGGGAGCGAGGCUGUGCGACUACCCCCAAGCUUUAGCCUUGCCAGUCGGUUGACGUAUUUGGAUGUGUCGAACAAUUUUAUCCAAGAGCUGGAACAUGCGAACCUUGACAGGUUACAAGGCCUCGUUAGUAUCAAGCUCGCCAAUAACAGAUUAACAGAGCUGCCGAGCUACUUUGGCAACUUCCUAUAUCUACGAAGCCUGAAUAUAUCCUCGAACAAUUUCCAGGUUUUCCCUGAGUUUCUGUGCAACCUGAAGAGCUUGGUGGAUCUCGAUAUCAGUUUCAACAGCAUCACUGAACUUCCAGAUAUCGGUAAUCUGACAAGUCUCGAGCGACUGUGGAUGACGAAUAACGGCUUCACCGGCCCGUUCAGAGAAUCCAUUCAGGACCUUAUCAACCUCAAGGAGAUCGACGCCCGAUUCAAUGACAUCGCGAACAUUGACAACCUGUGUCUCCUCCCGCGCUUAGAACAGCUAUUUAUUGGCCAUAACGCAGUCUCAAAAUUCAAGGGAUCGUUCCCCAAAUUGCGAACUUUCCUAAUGGACCACUGCCCUGUGACGCAGUUCGAUAUCGACGGGCCCAUGCAAACGCUCACAUCUCUCAACAUAGCUUCGGCGAAGCUAGUUCAAUUCCGGGACACUAUGUUCGAAUUUAUACCCAAUCUUACGAAGCUGACUUUGGACAAAAACCACUUCAUGUCAAUGUCGUCUCAUAUUGGCAAGUUGCGAAGACUUGAACAUUUCAGCAUGGCCAAAAACCCACUAUCAGCACUUCCUACAACUAUCGGGUGUUUGACUGAGCUCAAGUACCUUAAUCUGAGGGAGUGCAAUUUGCAACGGUUGCCCCAAGAACUUUGGUAUUGUUUGAAACUGGAGAGCCUCAACGUCUCAUCAAACGUGCUCGAUUGUUUCCCCAAGCAUGGUGGCCCCACACCUCAACUUCCUGGUGAAGCCACUGCUACCCCUACCCCCGCGGCAACGCCUGGUGGUACAAUAACGCCAAGUUUCGACGAACUCGGCCCAAUAGAAGAGCAAGAAACUCGCCGUCCUAGCGAGGCUUCCGGAAGUAACUUAAACAGUGGUAGUUCUCCUAACGGCGGGGGUUACCGGAAGACGUCAGUUGCGUCUUCUGCUAGCCAGGGACGAAAGGUAUCGACUGCUUCCAAAUUCACAGAGGGAAGCCCUUCCUCGAGGAAAGAUUCCAACUUCUCUCAACAUAUCGCGACUACAUUUGGUGGCUCACUCAAGAACCUGUACCUGGCCGAUAACCGUCUCGAGGAUGAUAUCUUCCGUGAACUCUCAUUCAUUCCCGAAUUGCGAGUGGUCAAUCUCUCGUAUAACGUCCUGACUGAGAUCCCACCCGGGCUCUUAAGGCGCUGGCCUUUGAUCUCUGAGCUAUAUCUAUCGGGCAACGAGUUAACGUCGCUUCCCUCGGACGAUCUCGAGGAAGGGAGUAACCUGAAGAUACUCAAUAUCAAUGCAAACAAAUUCCAAGUUCUGCCAGCGGAAUUGUGCAAGGUCAGCAAACUUGCUAUUCUUGACGUUGGAAGCAAUUCCUUGAAGUAUAACGUGUCGAACUGGCCUUACGACUGGAACUGGAACUGGAACCGAAAUCUAAAGUAUCUGAACUUUUCCGGAAACAAGCGCUUGGAGAUCAAGCCAAACGUGUCCUCCUUGGGUUCCCAACAACCGAACUCUACAGGCACAGAUCUGACGGAUUUCAAUUCACUCACCCACCUUCGAGUGCUUGGUUUAAUGGAUGUUACUCUCACAACGUCCACAAUUCCAGAAGAGAAUGAAGAUCGACGUGUACGAACGUCUGCUUCCCUGGCUGGCUCACUCGCUUAUGGCAUGGCGGACUUCCUGGGCCGGAGCGAACACCUUUCCAUCAUUGAUAUGAUCGUGCCUCGAUUGAAGCCGGAUAAUAUUGAAACUGUGGUCGGGAUGUUUGAUGGACAGCUUAGCUCUACUGGAGGUUCCAGAGUUGCGAAGUUCCUGCACGAGAAUUUCCUUCACACCUUCUCAGCUGAGCUCAAGCGUCUAAGGCAUAACGAGCAAGAAACUCCGCUGGACGCGUUCAGGCGAACAUUCCUCGCCCUCAACAGGAACAUGGCUUUCGCUUGUUACAAGUCCAUCGACCAAGAUGUCCGCCAGUAUCAAGACGAUUUAUCUGGCCAGAAAAGAGUUCGGCUCUGCCCGGAAGACCUCAAGUCUGGUGGUGUCGCCACAGUUCUGUAUCUGAAUAAUAUGGAUCUCUACGCAGCUAAUAUUGGUGAUGUCCAGGCCAUACUUGUGAAGUCUGAUGGUAGCAUGAGGAACCUGACCAAGAACCACGACCCAGCCGAAGCAGGGGAACGCGCAAGAAUUCGUGCUGUUGGCGGAUUCGUAUCUCGCAACGGAAAACUUAAUGAUUAUCUUCCUGUCUCUCGGUCAUUCGGACACUUUAAUCUGAUGCCCGCAGUCAUUGCUGCACCACAUACGGUGCAUGUCAGCCUGACUGAGCAAGAUGAAAUGGUCAUUCUGGCCUCGAAGGAACUGUGGGACUAUGUCACUGCAGACCUCGUGGUCGAUGUGACCAGAUCCGAGAGGGCGAACUUGAUGGUUGCAGCCCAAAAGAUACGAGAUUUGGCUUUGUCGUUUGGAGCCACCAAUAAGCUCAUGGUCAUGAUUCUUGGAGUCAGCGAUUUGAAGAAGCGCGAGAGACGCGCGCGCGGACUGCCCAGUCUUGGUAGCCUGGGCCAAGUUGAAGACCCCCUCCUCCCCAGUCCAAAACGCCCGAAGAAGCCGCGUGACAAGACCACAUGGGACUCCAGGUUGGCCCGUUUCGACUUCGUUGACGCUCCAAUUGGGGAACUGGCCAUCAUUUUCACCGAUAUCAAACAGUCAACGGGUCUCUGGGAGACGUGCCCAGACGCAAUGCGCUCGGCUAUUCAGAUCCAUAAUGAUAUCCUUCGUCGUCAACUCGGUAUCAUCGGCGGUUACGAAGUCAAAACUGAAGGUGAUGCUUUCAUGGUCGCAUUUUCAACGACCACAGCGGCUCUGCUUUGGUGCUUCAACUGUCAAACCCAACUCCUUGAAGCUGAAUGGCCGAUGGAAAUUCUCGACCAACCUCAGUGUCGUGUCAACUAUGAUAUGGAAAACAACAUCAUAUUCCGAGGAUUGUUGGUGCGCAUGGGAGUGCACUGGGGCGAGCCUGUCUGCGAAAAGGAUCCAGUGACCAACCGCAUGGACUACUUCGGACCAAUGGUAAACCGGGCAUCGCGAAUAUCAGCCGUUGCAGAUGGUGGACAAAUAUUUGUUUCAUCCGAUUUCAUGAGCGAUAUGCAGCGUAACCUCGAACUCUUUGCUGACAGCGAGCGCGCUGCCUCCACUGGCUCCGAUGAGAGCUAUGCAAUGGACUUGGGCGACAAUAUCCGCCGUGAACUCCAGCAGCUCAACAGCCAGGGCUUCGUGAUAAAAGACCAGGGCGAGCGCAAGCUAAAGGGCCUUGAGAAUCCGGAGCCUCUAUACCUCAUCUACCCCCACGCUUUGUCUGGACGUUUGACAAGCAUGGAACAAUCGACAGGCGGCGAGGAAAAUGCGCCGACUACUAUCAGCCAACACUCUCAGCUCCAGAUACAAACUGACCUUAUCUGGCGAUUGUGGGAAGUUACCCUUCGGCUUGAAAGACUGUGUGGAGCGCUUGAGCACCCAGGGGAUGCACGCCUUAAGGACCCCAAUUCAGCCCUAUUCACCAUCAUUAAGAAGUACGGUGGAGAACUUGCAGAUUCAACCGUUGUCGGUAUGGUUGAGCAGCAGGUGACCCGUAUUGAGGUUACAAUAAGUACCCUUGCCGUACGACACAUGAUGCAACCCUUCAGGCCGGGUGAUCGGCUUAACGACCACGCUGCGCCCAUGGGCGAGGUCCUCCAGGAAUUGCAAACCCAGCUUGCAGAGUAUAAAGCUCUCAAGGAGCAGGUCGCUGUCAGUGCUGCUGGCAUCACUGGCGCAUCUCCGAGCUCCACUGCAACAGACCUACGCUAUACACCCGAUUUCAACUCAAACUCGAACUCAUCAUCCUCAUCCUCAUCCUUAUCCUAG